UUUCCAAGUCUACCACUAACCAGGGAAAUAAAAUAAAAGCCAAAGAUGAAAUUCUCAAAUCAUGUUACCUUCAGUUUCAAGAAGAGUGACUAACUUUUGUCCAAUUAUCGGGUGCGCAUUCAAAUUUGCUGCAACUCUUUCUCUCAAUCUCCACUCAGCAAGUACAAUUGUGAGUGAAGAGAAAAUGGGUGGAAUUGAAGAGAAAAUUACCCGAGUACUCUUUUGUGGGCAACAAUUUGUUGAUUCUUAUCGCUAUACUAAAGAGUAUUUGAGUGAACAUCCUUAUAUCCAGGUUGAUGAUGUUCCGCUUAGUGAUAUUCCCAAUGUAAUUGGCAACUAUCACAUGUGCAUUCCAAGGAUGAUGCGAAUAGAUUCAGAUAUUAUUUCUCGUGCAAAACAAAUGAAGCUCAUAUUGCAAUUUGGUGUUGGUUUAGAGGCAGGUGUUAAUGCGGAUGCAGCAACAGAACAUGGAAUUAAAGUUGCUAGAAUUCCAGCUGAUGGCACCGGAAAUGCUGCAUCGUGUGCAGAGAUGGCAAUAUAUCUGAUGUUGGGACUUCUACGGAAACAAAAGGAGAUGGAGAUUUCAAUAAAACUGAAAAAGCUCGGCGAGCCUGCCGGUGGAACUUUAUUUGGGAAAACUGUGUUUAUUUUGGGACUUGGGAAUAUUGGGUGUGAAUUGGCAAAGCGCUUGAGACCAUUUGAUGUUAAAAUCCUUGCAACAAAACGCAGUUGGACCUCCAGCCAUGUUGAUCGUGUUGGUGAUCUUGUUGAUGAGAAGGGUAGCCAUGAUGAUAUAUACAAGUAUGCAGGCAUGGCAGACAUAGUUGUUUGUUGCCUGAAUAUGAACCAUGAGACUGCCGGUGUCAUAAACCAUUCAUUCAUACAAUCCAUGAAAAAGGGGGGCUAUCUGGUAAAUGUUGCUCGUGGAGGUCUCCUAGAUUAUGAUGCUGUUGCUCAAAGUCUCAAGUCUGGUCAUUUGGGAGGCUUGGGUAUCGAUGUGGCUUGGACAGAGCCAUUUGAUCCCAAUGAUCCAAUUUUGCAGCUUCCAAAUGUUCUAAUCACACCUCAUGUUGCUGGGGUUACAGAACAUUCCUAUAGAUCCAUGGCAAAGGUGGUUGGCAAUGCUGCUCUUCAACUUCAUAACGGGAGUAAAAUUACAGGAAUACAAUAUGUGAACUGAAACGGCUCAUUGUUAAAUAACAGGUAUAACCUUCCCUAAACUUGAUCAUCUGUAGGGAAAACGGGGAGGGAUAGGAGAGUACCUAUGCUCCUCAAUAACAGCUUCACUGGAUAUCCAGUUGCAGCUUCCUGCAUUAGUUGUAUACUUGUAUUGCUGCUUGCCCUGUAGGCUGUAGCUAUGUUUUUUCAAUGGGAUUAGCAUGAUUGGAUACACCCAUUUUCUUGUAUUGAGAUCCUACCUAUGAUGUGGAACAGAUAAUAGACCUUCUUGGUAAAAUCAAAACCUAUCCAGAUUAUAAAAGUAACUUUUAUUGGUAAA